AUGGAGCAGCGAAAAAAAAAAAAGAAAAAAGAAAAAAAAAAGAAAGUGAACAAGAAAAGCAUGCCUAACUGUGGAGUAAAAUGUAAACAAAGAAGCAUAAACAGUAACAGAGUAGGAAGAAAGGCAAAUGAAAUACGGGAUGCUCCCUUCUUGUUGAACCCAUUUGGUGUCCCCUUUGGGACUAAUUCGUUAACAAAUGCACCCGCCAUCAGUUUUUUACACUUUUUGAGACCUUCACCGUGUACAAUGGCUCACCAUAUCACUCUCAAUUGCAGCCCAAUCCCUCAAUCCCUUCUACCGCUUACCUCCCGCACCCCGCCAGUGCGCUCUACACUACUGACUGGUUCGUUCUUUCCUCUCGCUCGCUCGCUCGCCCCCAAUACUCCCAAUUUUCUAGAUCGUGCGCACUAA